AUAGCCUUUCAAUGAAGGCUUAGACAUUUUCAAUUUAUACCUUUGAAAAUACCUUACACACAAUUUUUUUUUAUUUUACUAGUAAAGAAUGGUUCGAACAUACAAAAAGUUGAAGCAGAGAGGAAGGAAAUCCUACUUAAAUAGUCAGGAAAUGAUAGAUGCCUACAGUUCUGUUUUGAAUAAAGAAAUGUCGAUAAGCCAAGCAUCAAAACAUUUUAGGUGUGAUAGGAGAGCUCUUUCGAAAAGAGUGAAAGGUGAACUAUCUGUUGACUCUCACCCAGGACGCAAAACAGUUUUAACUUCAUAGCAAGAAAAAGAGCAGUCAGAUUGCCUAAUUUUAAUGGCUGAUUGGGGAUGGGGUUUCACUAGAGGUGAAGUAAAAGAUUUAAUACAAGAUUUUCUCAGAACAAACAGUAUUGAAACACCAUUUAUAGAUUCUCGACCAAGUAAAGACUGGUUGCAUGCCUUCUUCCAAAGAAAUCCCAAAAUUACUCCAAGAAAAACUGAACACUUAAGUAAUUCAAGAAGCCAUGCUGAAAAUCCUGAAACUUGGUUCAAUUUAGUAGAAAAAACAUUUAAAAAAGCAGGAAUUAUUAACCUUCCUAAUCAAAUCUAUAAUUCUGAUGAAUCAGGGUUUGUCACAGACCCAAAGGAGCAAAUCGUAUUAGCAAAACGAGGUGCUUCUCGAGUGUCGCAGAGCAUUGGUGGAUCAGGCAGGGAGCAGAUUACUGUAAAUUGUGCAUGCUCUGCUAGUGGACAGGUAUUGCCACCAUAUGUUAUAUACAAAGGAAAAAACUUGUAUAUGGACUGGGUUAAAGGUGGUCCUGAUGGAACUGUUUAUACUACCAGUAGUAAGGGCUGGAUGGAGUGCCCCCAUUUUUUAGAAUGGUUUCUAAACAUAUCUCUAAUUUAUACAAAGCAUCUUGCGAACCGCCCACGUGUACUUAUAUUUGAUGGCCAUAUUUCUCAUGUUAGCUCCCCACUUAUUGAUUUGGCAAAAAAAAAUAUUAUUAUUCUCCUACGCAUUUCUGCAUAUCUUACCCAUCUUCUUCAACCUUUUGACCUGUAAAAAGUAAAUGGCAAAGUUUGCUUAUAAAAUAUGCAAGAACACAUAAUGGACCAGUGUCAAAAAAACAUUUUCCAGGGCUACUACGUUCCCUUUUUCAGAGUUCCUUUACUAUGGAACAAGUCAAAAGUGGUUUUAAGGGAACUGGCAUUUUCCCUUUUAACAAAGAUGCUAUUGACACACGCCUAUUUAAUCAGUGUUUUAUGUUACCAGAAAAAAAAACUACAUUCUCAACUAAUCAUCUUAAAAGAUCAUGCUCAAUGCCUAACCUUCAUUGCAUUUGUGUUAACGAUGCUCCCAUUUCAACAUCAGUAUCAUCUGCUUCAUCAUUACCAAUUUCUACGUCGACUUCCCCUAUCAAAGAUUUUUUUCUUAAAC